CAAAACACCAACGAAGAAGAAGAAGUAGCGGGAAUUUUUCCGUAAAGAAAGAAACGACCGGGGAGUUUGUGUUCAGUCGAAGCAGCGUGUCGCCAUGACGCAGAGAAAGAGGCUGUCCACCACACAGAGCUCCUCUCAGAGCGCAAGACAACCUGGCACCUUAGUGGCUCAGGAAGAGGAUGAUGAUCCAACCUUCACUCAGCCAAGUACGUCACAGGUCCAGAGAGGACUGGAGAAGCUCACCUCUGCACAGGUCGACCAAAAGACAGCUGAGGUGGUGCAGUACUUCUUGGUGAAGGACCAAAAGAAGAUCCCCAUCCGCCGAGCAGACCUUGUGAAACACGUGGUGAAAGACUACAGAAACAUCUACCCUGAGAUCAUGAAGAGGGUGGUACGGACUUUUGACCAGGUAUUUGGCCUUAAAGUGGUUGAAAUUGACACCAAAAAUCACACGUACAUACUCGUCAAUAAGUUGGAGACGGUUGAGGGAGCCUCAUCAAUCAAUAGUCCCACCAACCCAAAGAUGGGUCUGCUGUUUGUCAUCCUGAGUGUCAUUUUCAUGAAAGGAGGUGUUGUCAGAGAAGGCCUCAUCUGGAAUACUCUCAAGAAACUCCGCGUUGACCCCGGAGAGAAACAUGAAGAGUUUGGUGAUGUGAAGAGGGUGGUCACUGAUGAAUUUGUCCGUCAAAGGUACUUGGAGUAUGUGCGAAUCCCUCACACAGAGCCAGCUGAGCAUGAAUUUCGCUGGGGUCAACGUGCUGACAUGGAGGUAUCAAAAGCCAAAAUCCUCGAGUUCAUGGGUCAACUUCAUGAACAGGAUCCUCAGAGCUGGAGUCAGCAGUAUAGAGAAGCCCACUCCUCCCCCAACUCCACCCAGGCCAGCACCAGCAGCCAGAGAUAACUGUCCUAGUAUUGCAAUUUGUUUUGCCUAAUUUUUUUUCCUAAUUUAUUCUGAAAGAAACCGUUAAGAUAAGCUUUAUCAGUGCCACGUUUACUUUUUGAAUGCGUUAAAUUUUUGUGUCAUUGUGUAGACUGAUGUACUGUUACAAUAUAAA